GUUAUAGGCGUUGUCAUGGUAACGGAAAGCGCAACGAAUACUUGCUCUUUGCAGCUAGCUGCUUGCGUGGUGAUAUAUCAGUCUGUAACUGAGAAUAAACACAGGAAAAAUGUCUGACAUUGGGUCUGAGGACUUGGAAGAUGAGCAAACAUUUCAUGGAGAGUAUGAAGGUGAGCGGAAUGAAGCAGGAGAGAGGCAUGGUGCUGGGAGAGCUGUGCUGCCCAAUGGAGAUACCUACCAGGGAAUGUAUGAACACGGGAACAGAUCUGGACAGGGAACCUACAGAUUUAAGAAUGGGGCUCAAUACGUCGGGGAGUUUUACAUGAACCUGAAACAUGGACAAGGUGUUUUCUAUUACCCUGAUGGUUCCAAGUAUGAUGGCUCAUGGGUGGAAGACCAGCGUCAGGGUCAUGGGAUUUACACAUAUCCUAAUAGAGACAGCUAUGAUGGGGAGUGGCUGCAGCAUCAAAGACAUGGGCAAGGUGUUUACACCUACCAUGAAACAGGUUCUAAGUAUGCUGGCAUGUGGGUUAUGGGUAAGAUGGAGUCAGUUGGAGAGUUAAUCCAUCUAAACCACAAAUACCAAGGCAACUUUCGCAAUAAUAAACCCUCAGGUCCAGGGAAGUAUGUGUUUGACACUGCAUGUGAGCAGCAUGGGGAGUAUCUGCGGGUAGAUCAGCCAGUACUAAAUGAGAGGACCAUUAAGGAUGAGAAGACUAUGACGUUGCAUUCCCCCAACCCUGCUCAGGGGGAGCACUUUAUUUCCAUUGCAGUCUUUGGAGAAGAGGAUAAAGAAGAUGCAGAAGAGGAAGCACAUGUCACUACCACUGUUCUGAAAUGGAAACCCAAAGCUUUGACAUGCUUAUCAGCUUGUGUCUCUGAUCCACCGUGUCUAAAAGAUAAUAUCUCUUCCGUUUAACUUUAGGCUUCUUCUUGGUCCUGUAGGCCAGUGCUUGUCUGAGGAGGGAAAGGCUCAGACGCCCCUGGAAGAGCAGGACAUGAGGCAGAGCCCAGCACCAGAAACCAGUUAAUCAUUUAAGCUGCUUUGAGUCAAUGUCUAUUGUAAAAAGCACUAUACAAAUAAAAUUGAAUUGAAUUGAAUUGAA